GAUCCAGGUCAGAUGGCGGAGAGAGCGAUACUUUUCUCGAGAGAGUGAGGGAGGGAGAGCGGCGGAGCGCGAAAGGGAGUUGGAGCGGCAUCGAGCACAGCUGACGGCCGCCGAAGGUUAUGGCCGGUCUAGAAUCUCCGCCAACGAAUCUUGAGAGGCGGCCGUGUAAGUCCUAACAGGAAAAGGAGACCUUCACUUACAGUUAGAGAACAGAAAAGGAUAUUUUACACUUCUGACUGCAUUGGAGCUUAUUUCAAAACUAAGGAACAUCAUCAUGCUAAACGGUAUGAGGAGAUUGUGUGGCACUGUUUAAAUUAGGCUUUCUCUGCUAAAGAAGCACUCAUGAUAUUUCUGAUAAGAUUUUAAUAUAUCAUUGUAUAUUAUUGAGGCCAAAUGCAAAGUUUCAUUAACUGAUGGGCUUCUGGACAAAGUUGAAAAGAUGCCAUUUUCUUACAACAUUGUUUGCUUUGCUGUGCCUAUUCGUCCCUGUUUUCUGCAUCCUGGUUUUACUAAGCUCAGGUCUUCCAGAGGUAGCUCCAAAUUCUCAUAGGGGACUAUCGACGUCAGAAAGAACAAUGGAAGGCGAAAGUACCAUAGGUGAGCUUGGCCUCAUGAUGAUCAAAAUGUUGCCUGAAAAUCUACCUUUCACCGUCUUCGUUCCGUCGGAUAAGGCAUUCAAUCAUGUCCUGAAAUUACAAUCGAAUAACAGUCUGAUGACUGAUAAAAUGAAUGAUACCUUUGCUAUUCUCUCUAGAAUAAUGGGUUUCUGUACAGUUCCUAAGCACAUUUAUUCAGAAUCUGUGCCUGUCCUGAAGGAGUUAAAUCUGGAUUCAGUGUCUGGAUUUAGAAUUUAUAUUCUUAAGAUGUCUGAUGGAACACUGUUAGCUAACAAUAUUCGGUCGGAGCAGGUUGAUCUUAAAAAGGGCGAGAUCAUCGUGCAUGUGAUGGAAGGGGUGAUCAUGGAUGCAGAGUUCGAGCAGUCCUUCAUUUCUGAUCAUGAGGAAUAACAUAGAAGUUUUGGAGCUUGCCUCCUCAUUAAUGGCAAUAUGUUGCUAACAAGCGAAAAACUUGCUUGUUGUGGAUUCAUGAAAAUUCUUGUACAGCAUCAUAUUUUCAUAGAGCGUACUGCCUUUUUGCUAAA